AUGUACAGAUUCACCCGUUCGUCUAUGAUGCAGCCCAUGUUCCACUACGGCAUGGGUAUGGCUCCCUUCUUCAAGAUGGUGGUGUUCGAGCAGGAGCACUUCCAGGGCAAGUGUCAGGAGUUCACCAACGAGUGCUGCAACAUCCACGACUGUGGCUUCGACAACAUCCGCUCUGUCCGCGUGGAGUGUGGAGCUUGGGUGGGCUAUGAGCACCACGACUUCGAGGGCCAGCAGUUCAUUCUGGAGCGUGGAGAGUACCCCCACUGGGACGCCUACUGCGGUAACCUGUCCUACCACAUAGAGAGACUGAUGUCCUUCAGACCCAUCUACUGCGCUUCCCACCAGAGCAGCCGCAUGAUGAUCUUCGAGAAGGAGAACUUCCUGGGCCGCAGUGUGGAGAUCUGCGACGACUACCCCUCCCUCAUGGCCAUGGGCUGGUGCAACACCGAGGUCGGAUCCAUGCACGUGCAGUGCGGCGCGUUUGUGUGCUACGAGUUCUCUGGCUACAGAGGCAGACAGUACAUCAUGGAGUGCGAGAGACACAGCGGAGACUACCAGUGCUGGAGAAACUGGGGAUCCCACAGUCAGACGCCCAAGAUCCAGUCUAUCCGCAGAAUCCAGCAGUAA